AUGGAGGCCCCGGAGGAGGCUGAAUUCUGCUUUCCCAGAAUCAACAGCUCCUGCAGGAGGACGCUGCUCCCUCACUCAGAGCUCAUCUUCAGCGUCCUGUCCUGCAUCACUCUGCUCACUGUGGCUCUCAACCUGCUGGUCAUCAUCUCCAUCUCCCACUUCAGGCAGCUCCACACCACCACCAACCUCCUGCUCCUCUCUCUGGCUGUGGCAGACUUCUGUGUGGGGGUCCUGCAGAUGCCGGUUCUUCUUCUCAACAACCAAGGCUGCUGGUACCUGGGCGACCUCAUGUGUGGCGCGCAUUACUUUUUAGGUUUCAUCGUCAUCAGCGUGUCCGUGGGAAGCAUGGUGCUCAUAUCGGUCGACCGCUACAUAGCCAUUUGCGAGCCCAUGUUCUACACCUCCAAAGUGACCCUGAAGAGGGUGAAACUCUCUGUGUGUCUGUGUUGGAUGUUUUCUACCGUCCACAGCAGCUGGAUACUGAGGGACUUCUUAAAAGAGCCCGGCAGGUUUAGCUCCUGUUAUGGACACUGUGUAGUUGUCGUCAAUUUUGCUGAAGGACUCGUGGAUCUUGUUGUGACCUUGUUAGGCCCCAUUCUGGUCAUUGCCGUUUUGUACUUGCGAGUCUUUGCGGUGGCGGUGUCUCAGGCUCGAGCCAUGCGCGGUCACAUCGCAGCUGGAGAGCGUUCAGAGUCUGCGAAAGCUACGAAAUCUGAGCUGAAAGCAGCCAGGACUCUGGGUAUUGUAAUCGUGGUGUUUCUCCUCUGCUCCUGUCCAUAUUACUGUUUCGCGGUUGCAGCUGAGAGUAACUUGGUUGGGGAGUCGUCUGCAGCCCUCGAGAUUUGGUUGUUGUAUUUUAAUUCCUGUUUGAACCCUGUGAUCUAUGUUUUCUUCUACCCUUGGUUCAGAAAAACCAUCAAACACAUUGUGACGCUGAAGAUUCUGCAGCCUGGCUCCAGAGAGGACAAGGUGCUGUAG